GGGGCCUCUGAUGCAUGGGUUGGUUUAGUAUGUAAUGUGUGUGUCCUCCUGGCUUCCCUAGGACUGAGUCGGUGGCUGAGAAGAUGCUGACUAACUGGUUUGCCUUCCUCCUCCACAAGUUUCUCAAGGAGUGUGCUGGGGAACCGCUCUUCAUGCUCUACUGUGCCAUCAAGCAGCAGAUGGAGAAAGGCCCAAUUGAUGCCAUCACAGGAGAAGCUCGUUACUCACUUAGUGAGGACAAGCUGAUCCGGCAGCAAAUUGAGUACAAGACUCUGAUCCUAAACUGUGUGAACCCAGAUAAUGAGAACAGUCCAGAGAUCCCUGUGAAGGUGCUAAACUGUGAUACCAUCACUCAAGUCAAAGAGAAGAUCCUUGAUGCAGUAUACAAAAAUGUCCCAUACUCUCAGAGGCCAAGAGCUGUUGAUAUGGACUUGGAGUGGCGGCAGGGCCGGAUAGCUCGUGUGGUCCUGCAAGAUGAAGACAUCACCACCAAGAUCGAAGGAGAUUGGAAACGCUUGAACACCUUGAUGCAUUAUCAGGUAUCUGACCGCUCAGUUGUGGCUCUCGUUCCCAAGCAGACCUCCUCCUACAAUAUUCCUGCCUCUGCCAGUAUAUCCCGGACAUCUAUUAGCAGAUAUGACUCCACCUUCCGCUACACCGGCAGCCCCGACAGCCUGCGCUCCCGGGCCCCCAUGAUCACCCCCGACCUGGAGAGUGGUGUCAAGGUCUGGCACUUGGUCAAAAACCACGACCACGGAGACCAGAAGGAAGGGGACCGGGGCAGUAAGAUGGUGUCUGAGAUCUACCUGACCAGGCUCUUAGCUACAAAGGGUACGCUGCAGAAGUUUGUGGAUGACUUGUUCGAGACACUGUUCAGCACCGUGCACCGUGGCAGCGCGCUCCCGCUCGCCAUCAAGUACAUGUUCGAUUUCCUGGAUGAGCAGGCAGAUAAGCACGGCAUCCAUGACACAGACGUGAGGCACACGUGGAAGAGCAAUUGCCUGCCUCUGCGAUUCUGGGUGAACGUCAUCAAAAACCCCCAGUUUGUGUUUGAUAUCCACAAAGGCAGCAUCACAGAUGCCUGCCUCUCUGUUGUGGCUCAGACCUUCAUGGAUUCAUGCUCCACCUCAGAGCACCGCCUGGGCAAGGAUUCCCCUUCCAACAAGCUGCUGUACGCCAAGGACAUCCCCAGCUACAAGAGCUGGGUGGAGAGGUAUUACGCAGACAUCGCCAAGCUCCCUGCCAUCAGUGACCAGGACAUGAAUGCCUACCUCGCCGAGCAGUCGCGCCUGCACUCCGUCGAGUUCAACAUGCUGAGUGCGCUCAACGAGAUCUACUCCUACGUCAGCAAGUACAGUGAGGAGCUCAUUGGGGCUCUGGAGCAGGAUGAACAGGCACGUAGGCAGCGUCUGGCAUACAAAGUAGAGCAACUCAUAGGUGCCAUGUCUAUUGAGAGCUGAAGAAGGGUUGCGGUGCUCAGCCGGCAGCAAAGGGCAGAGGAUUGCACAGACUCUCGGGAAUUCAGAGGGAGAACAAGCAAGGAAGGCACUGGACACGUAUAAAUAUGAGGGCUGUUCUGGAGGGAGCGGAGACAGGCCCAAGGACUGACCGUGUUCCAAAUCAUACAGGAUCCGGCUUGAAAAGGCAGGAAGAGAAAAAAUACAAAGCAUCUCAAUCCAAGUCAAAUCAAGAUGGAUCUUUUUUUCAAGCAUACAUGGAAAGAAGGAACCUGGAAAGUCUGGAUGUCUCCAUGACUGCUGCUUUGCAUGAAAAUUGUUUGAUGUAUAUUAGAAAAUAAAACUUUAUUUAAAGGUUUUUUUAAAAAAAAAAACGGAAAGAAAAAAAAAAGAGAAAUAGAGCAAAAAUCACAGAGGCCACAGAGAAAAUCCUGGCAAGAAGGAACAAGGUUCAGCUCUGACUCCUGUCCUCGAGAGACUCCUGAGGCCACGGCUCAGGCAUCCUGCGAACGGACUCUUAUGCCAAUUGGGAAGUCUGGAGAACCAAAAUGUUCUUCUUUUUUGGGAUCUUAUCAAGAAAUACGAGCACAAGUUUGCACCACACCUUUUUACACAAGUAAAACAGCAGCUGAGCAAGAAAACAGUUCAGUGGCUGAGUAACUUAGAGGCUCUAAGAGGAACUUUACCUGAAUUGCGAAACCAUCAGAUCAUCCAAUCUGUCUUGAAAUCCAGCUUUAUGUAUUUAUAUAGUGUCAAUAUAUAUAUAUUUUUUAAAUCCCACUUUCUGUUGAAUGAGGAAAGACCUGAUUUUAAAUGCUUUCCCCUUCUCCCCCAUCCCAUCUUGCUGUCUGCCAGCCUCCAUGGUGAGCCAGCAGCACCCUCGGCCAUGGCCAUACCCAGUUGGCACAUUGCUGGUCCAGUUGGAGCAGAAGGGGCUGGCUGCCCUCUCCCUGUUAGGCAGGGCUCCUGGGUUGGGUUUUGGGGGGUUUCUGGCAGCACCUCUGAUUUCUUGCAGUAAAAACCAACAACCCC